UACACUGAUUUGGGAAGCGGUUUAAACCAAAGGUGAACAGUUUAUCCAUUUAUUUAAUUCAACACUCGAGAACUGCAGGCCUUUAUAAAGCAAGACUGUGAAGCAAAGCCCAAAGCAAAAGGCAAAGAAGAAUUUCAGGCAUAGAAAAAAACCUGUCUGUAGUAAGAAUGGCGGACAAAAAUGCAGCAGAAGAUCGGAUAAAAGGCCUCUGGACUCCACAGGAAGAUUCAGUACUUCACACUCUCGUGGAAAAAUACGGCGCUCGCAACUGGUCAAUGAUAAGCAAGGAAAUUACAGGGCGUUCUGGGAAAUCAUGCAGGCUGAGGUGGUGCAAUCAGCUGUGCCCACGAGUGGAGCAUCGCCCAUUCUCCACCGCCGAAGACGCCGCCAUUAUCGAAGCUCAGCGCCGCCAUGGUAACAAAUGGGCCGCCAUUGCCCGCCUCCUGCCUGGCCGCACUGACAACGCUAUCAAGAACCACUGGAAUUCCACCCUCCGCCGCCAUUUACUUCCACAAGAUCCCAUUUUGAGCACCAAUUUGUGCAGGAAGCGGAGCAGAAGUUUCAGUUUCGGGGAUUCCGGGGAUGAUGGUGAGUCUCGGGAGCUCAAGACGCUGAAUUUCAUCGAAUCCCCGGUGGGUUCUGAUAAAGACAGGGAUUUUAAUGGGGAUGUCAGUUUUCUGGAAUCAGGCAGCCCGGGAUCGAGCUUUAAUGGCUGCGACUCUCAGAAAGCCCCUGAAGAAGAAAAUUCUUCUUCAUUGUUGGCGAGUUUCGAUCCCCCGACCUCGCUUAGUCUUUCGCUGCCCGGAAGCGAAUUUGAGAACAGGGGCAGAGAAUGCAGCUGCCCGCCGCAACAGAGCCGCCAUAGCCCUGGGUCUUGUGAAUUUGUGUGUGAUCAACAGCAGCUUUUUAUGUCAUUUGUUGAGGGGAGUGGUGGGUGCUUGAGAGCAGAGGAUACUGUGUAUAUGAUGGCGGCCGCCGUCACAAAGGCGCUGCCUUUGAUGUAUGAAUCGUCUUCUGGCGGCGGUGUGUUCUGUAUUUUGCAGGAAAUGAUCGCCAAGGAGGUGCGGGAUUAUAUUAAUGGAUCGCAGUGUUCAAAUCGAGGGGCAUCCAUUUUCAAUUCUGUUGGUCCAGAGCUUAGGUAAUUAGUAUGGGAUUAGAAUGUUUUCCCUGAUCCAAGAGAAGGGGAUUUUCAGAAUAAAUGAAGCCACGAAAUGUAAAUAUCGUCUUUAUGGACAUAUAUUUUAGCAGAAUACUUUCUUCA